CUUUCUUUUCACCAUCAUCAUCAAAUCGCGUCAACCGCGUUCUUGGUCGCCUGCCUUUCACACUAAGAACAGCCUACUACCAUAAUGUCACAGGAACCAGCAGACGUCAAGCCUAAGCUCAAUCUCCAAAUUCAGUAUGAGGGAAAUCAGGUGACCGUGAAGGUCAAAGCAGACAUGCAAUUCAAGAAAAUAUUCAAAGCGGCGGCGAUCAAGUUCAAUAAGGAAGAAGGAACGUUGAAGUUUACUUAUGAUGGAAACCGAAUACAAGAAGAUGACAGUCCGGCUGGUCUCGGUAUGGAAGAUGGCGAUCUCAUAGAUGCUUUUCUAGAACAGCUCGGGGGAUGCAGAUGUAUAACGCCUCAUUCCGAGACCAGAUGAUAUCCAUUCCUUUGUUUUCUUCCUUCACUGUAUCAUUAUAUCAAAAUGUUUGUUUAACCAUGCUAUAGUACCCAUAUCAUAACUAUUUUCAAUCUAAGGCGAUGUUCGUAUUCA